GGGACGCUAAGGGUCUUGAAUAACCAUGAGCAACCCUUUUGUACGGAUUGUGGAGCCACUUGACCCUAAACAGCCUCUGAAGAAGUUCUUUAAUCUGAGCAAAUUGGAAGAUGUGAGAUAUGCACGCCUGCCAUUUUCUAUUCGAGUGCUCUUGGAAGCAGCAAUCCGUAACUGUGAUGAGUUCCUAGUGAAGAAGGGAGAUGUUGAGAAUAUUCUCAACUGGAAAGUGGUGCAACACAAGAAUGUUGAAGUGCCGUUUAAGCCUGCAAGAGUUAUUCUGCAAGACUUCACUGGGGUACCUGCUGUGGUUGACUUUGCUGCAAUGCGUGAUGCUGUGAAAAAACUUGGUGGGGACCCUGAAAAAAUCAAUCCUAUCUGUCCUGCUGAUCUAGUAAUAGAUCACUCCAUCCAGGUUGAUUUUAACAGGCGAUCAGACAGCUUGCAAAAAAAUCAGGACCUGGAAUUUGAAAGGAACAAAGAAAGGUUUGAAUUCUUAAAGUGGGGCUCUCAGGCUUUUAAAAAUAUGAGGAUUAUUCCACCAGGCUCUGGGAUCAUCCACCAAGUGAACUUGGAGUACUUGGCAAGAGUGGUGAUGGAUCAGGAUGGCUACUACUAUCCAGACAGUGUGGUGGGCACUGACUCACACACCACCAUGAUAGACGGCUUGGGAGUGCUUGGCUGGGGUGUUGGUGGUAUUGAAGCAGAAGCAGUGAUGUUGGGCCAGCCAAUCAGCAUGGUGCUUCCUGAGGUGGUCGGCUAUAAGCUGCUAGGAAACCCUCAGCCAUUGGUAACAUCCACUGACAUUGUGCUCACCAUUACCAAGCACCUUCGCCAAGUUGGAGUCGUGGGUAAAUUCGUGGAGUUUUUUGGUCCUGGUGUAGCCCAGCUGUCAAUUGCUGACCGAGCCACCAUUGCCAAUAUGUGUCCAGAAUAUGGAGCAACAGCUGCCUAUUUCCCAGUGGAUGAUAUUAGCAUUGGGUACCUGAUACAAACUGGCCGUGAUAAAGAGAAAGUUACGUACACAAAAAAGUAUCUUGAGGCUGUGGGAAUGCUAAGAGAUUUCAAGAACUCCUCUCAGGAUCCAGACUUCACACAGGUUGUUGAGUUGGAUCUCCAUACUGUCGUGCCUUGCUGCAGUGGACCAAAAAGACCUCAGGACAAAGUUGCUGUGUCAGAUAUGAAGGAGGACUUUGAGACUUGUCUGGGAGCCAAGCAAGGAUUCAAGGGAUUCCAAAUUGCCCCAGACCAACACAACAGCAUAGUCAAAUUUAAUUUUGAGGGCUGUGACUUCGAGCUUGCUCAUGGUUCAGUAGUGAUUGCUGCCAUUACAAGCUGUACAAACACCAGUAACCCCUCAGUUAUGUUGGGAGCAGGAUUGCUUGCUAAGAAAGCUGUUGAAGCUGGUUUGACAGUGAAGCCAUACAUUAAAACUAGCCUGUCCCCAGGAAGCGGGGUUGUCACUUACUAUCUGAGGGAGAGUGGAGUUAUGAGUUACCUUUCCCAACUAGGGUUUGAUGUGGUGGGUUAUGGCUGUAUGACAUGUAUUGGCAAUAGUGGACCCCUACCAGAGUCUGUUGUUGAGGCCAUCACACAGGGGGACCUCGUAGCAGUGGGUGUGUUGUCUGGCAAUAGGAAUUUCGAAGGGCGUGUCCAUCCCAACACCCGUGCUAACUACCUAGCCUCUCCACCACUGGUAAUAGCCUAUGCAAUUGCAGGGACUAUCCGGAUCGACUUUGAGAAAGAGCCUUUGGGAAUAAAUGCUUCGGGGAAGAAGAUUUUCCUGAAAGAUAUCUGGCCCACAAGAAAUGAGAUUCAGGCUGUGGAACGUCAGUUUGUUAUUCCUGGGAUGUUCAAGGAGGUCUACCAAAAAAUAGAGACAGUAAACAAAUCUUGGAAUGCCUUAGAUGCUCCUUCAGAUAAACUAUAUACUUGGAAUCCCAAGUCAACUUACAUCAAGUCUCCACCUUUCUUUGAUGGUCUGACUUUGGCUCUUCAGACCCCAAAAACAAUAGAAGAUGCUUACGUCCUGUUGAGUUUUGGGGAUUCUGUGACAACUGACCACAUAUCUCCAGCUGGGAAUAUAGCAAGAAAUAGUCCUGCAGCCCGUUAUUUGACCAGCAGAGGCUUGACUCCUCGAGAGUUCAAUUCUUAUGGCUCCCGCAGAGGGAAUGAUGCUGUCAUGGCCAGAGGAACAUUUGCAAACAUUCGCUUGGUGAACAAAUUUAUUGAUAAACAAGGACCUCAGACUGUCCAUUUCCCUUCUGGGGAAACUCUGGACGUGUUUGAUGCUGCAGAAAGAUACAAGCAGGCUGGCCAUCCUCUGAUUGUGCUGGCUGGGAAGGAAUAUGGUGCAGGAAGUUCCAGAGACUGGGCAGCUAAAGGACCAUUCCUCUUGGGUGUCAAGGCUGUACUUGCUGAAAGCUAUGAGAGAAUUCAUCGAAGCAACCUGGUAGGGAUGGGAGUAAUUCCUCUGCAGUAUUUACCUGGAGAGGAUGCUGGGACUUUAGGACUCACUGGACGGGAGCGUUACACGAUUAUCAUUCCUGAAAAACUAAAACCGCAGAUGAAUGUCCAGAUUAAGCUGGAUACUGGGAAAACAUUUCAUGCCAUCAUGAGAUUUGACACUGAUGUGGAGCUCACUUACUUCCACAAUGGCGGCAUUCUGAACUACAUGAUCCGUAAAAUGGCAUCCUAAUAAAAAACAUUAAGCAAAAACGUCCAGGUACAAGCCUGCUUCUGGUGAGCGCAAUAAAACUAAGGUAAUCAUAAAUUUGAAAGUGUGAACCAUAAAGUGAA